AUGCGGUUUCACCAACUCGAAGAAUGCAGAUACAAUAGAGAAGAUGAGGUUGAGGUUUUGGCAUUACCCUAUAAGGACCACAAUUACGAAUUCGUAGUUUUUCUACCUUCUGAAAGAGUAAAAUUCGAAGACUUCCGGGCUUUAUUGACUGGUGAAAUUUUGAAAAGGUUCCAUAUGCAUGCGAAUAAGUCUAGCGUAAAUGUGAUCAUCCCAAAGUUUAAACUCACAUCUGAACCGCAGGUGAAAGAAAUGUUGGAACACAUUGGGAUUAAUCAACUCUUCAAGUUCAGUUGUGAUUUAAAAGGAGUGUCUGACAGAGAAAACCUUUAUGUCGACGAUGUCAUUCACAAAGCUGUAGUGGAGGUGAAUGAAGAAGGAACGGAAGCAGCAGCAGUAACAGCAUUCACGAUGGUUUUGGGUUGCGCUUCGAUGGGCUUACCCAUAGAUUUUUAUGCGGAUCGCCCAUUUGUCUUCGGAAUUUUUUGUGGUAACGAACCUAUCUUUAUCGGGCAGUAUUGUUAA